AUGGUGGCACUUCCAUACAAUCUGAAAUGUUCAAUAAUACCAAAAUUCAAGGGCAGGACGACUGAUCGUGGUUCCUGGACUGAAGAAAACCUCAUUCGGGCUAUAAAAUAUGUAACAGAAGAGCACCACGCGAUAAGAGAUGCAGCUAAAAGGUUUGAUGUAUCAAAAUCUACCUUACACAGACGAGUUACAGCUAUAAACAAUGGUUUGGAAAUACAUUCAAAACCUAAAAUUGGAAGCAAGAGAAGAUUGGACAAGAGAAGAAGGAAAGCCCAAAGGAGUGAAAUUCUUACAUCUACCCCUUACAAAAAUUCUUUAGAAGAGAAACAGGUGCGAUCUAAAGAAGCCGAAAUUAAAAAAGUAUCAAAAAAAGUAAAAUUCGAUGGAAUUACAGCUAAAAAUAAAACAACAAAAAUGAUGAAUAAAGAAAAUGAUAUGAACAACAAUAAUGAUAGUUCAAAUAAAGAUUAUUCUUGCUUAAUUUGCCAGGAAAAUUUUGAAGAAGAUUGGAUACAAUGUCAGAAAUGUAAAGAAUGGGCACAUGAAGACUGCGCAGACCUCGAUUUGAAGUCAUCUUUUUAUACAUGCGACUUUUGUAAAGAUUAUCCCAGUUAA